ACAUCUGUUACCUUCAAAAAAAAAUCCCUUCACUCAUCCCCCUCUCCUUGUCCACUCUUAUCUCCAAUCGAUACAGAUGGCAGCUUCAUCCACCUGUCUUGUCGGAAACGGAUUGUCACUAUACACAACCAAACACUUCCCACGCAGACAGAUCACUCUUUCCUCCUCAGUCACCAGAACAUCACCCAAGGCCAAUCUCGUGAAGGCUUCUUUGGACGCGAAGAAACACGACGGGCGUAGAGACUUUCUCAAAGUCCUGUUAGGAAACGCAGGAAUCGGUUUACUCACAAGCGGCAAAGCAAACGCAGAUGAACAACAACAAGACGCUUCUUCAUCUUCAAGAAUGUCAUACUCAAGGUUUCUUGAGUAUUUAGACAAAGACAGGGUGAGUAAAGUGGAUCUCUACGAGAACGGGACAAUAGCUAUCGUCGAAGCCGUUGCUCCUGAGUUAGGUAACCGUGUGCAACGUGUACGUGUCCAGCUCCCAGGGCUAAGCCAAGAGCUUUUACAGAAGCUGAGAGCUAAGAAUAUUGAUUUCGCUGCGCAUAAUGCUCAGGAAGAUCAAGGAUCCGUGUUGUUUAACUUGAUUGGUAAUCUUGCUUUCCCUAUGCUUUUGAUUGGUGGGUUGUUUCUUCUUUCAAGAGGCUCUCCUGGAGGAAUGGGUGGUCCAGGUGGGCCUGGUGGUCCGCUUCAGUUUGGUCAGAGUAAAGCUAAGUUUCAGAUGGAGCCAAACACUGGUGUGACGUUUGAUGAUGUUGCUGGUGUUGAUGAAGCUAAGCACGAUUUUAUGGAGGUUGUUGAGUUUUUGAAGAAGCCUGAGAGGUUUACUGCUGUUGGUGCUAGGAUUCCGAAGGGUGUGCUGCUUAUUGGUCCUCCUGGUACUGGGAAGACGCUUUUGGCGAAGGCUAUUGCUGGUGAAGCUGGUGUGCCUUUCUUCUCAAUCUCUGGUUCUGAGUUCGUUGAGAUGUUUGUCGGUGUUGGUGCUUCGAGGGUGCGUGAUCUUUUCAAGAAGGCUAAGGAGAAUGCUCCUUGUAUUGUCUUUGUUGAUGAGAUUGAUGCUGUUGGUAGGCAGAGAGGGACAGGGAUUGGUGGAGGGAAUGAUGAGAGAGAACAGACUUUGAAUCAGUUGUUGACUGAGAUGGAUGGGUUUGAAGGUAACACUGGUAUCAUCGUUGUUGCUGCGACGAAUAGAGCGGAUAUUCUUGACUCUGCUUUGUUGAGGCCAGGACGGUUUGACAGGCAGGUGAGUGUUGAUGUUCCGGAUAUUAAGGGGAGGACAGAUAUUCUUAAGGUUCAUGCUGGUAAUAAGAAGUUUGAAAAUGAUGUCUCGCUUGAAGUGAUAGCGAUGAGAACUCCUGGAUUUAGUGGAGCUGAUCUUGCUAAUCUGUUGAAUGAGGCUGCUAUAUUGGCUGGAAGACGUGCCAGGACGGCGAUAUCGUCUAAAGAGAUUGAUGAUUCUAUUGAUAGAAUCGUUGCUGGUAUGGAAGGAACUGUGAUGACUGAUAGCAAGAGUAAAAGCUUGGUUGCUUACCAUGAAGUUGGUCAUGCCGUGUGUGGAACAUUGACACCAGGACAUGAUGCUGUGCAAAAGGUAACGUUGGUACCAAGAGGACAAGCAAGAGGUCUUACUUGGUUCAUUCCAUCAGAUGACCCUACUCUCAUCUCCAAGCAACAACUCUUUGCAAGAAUUGUUGGUGGACUUGGUGGUAGAGCCGCUGAAGAAAUCAUCUUUGGUGAGCCUGAGGUUACUACUGGCGCCGUUGGUGACUUGCAACAGAUCACCGGUUUGGCUAAGCAGAUGGUAACAACAUUUGGAAUGUCUGAAAUUGGACCAUGGUCAUUGAUGGAUUCAUCGGCACAAAGCGAUGUGAUCAUGAGGAUGAUGGCAAGAAACUCCAUGUCUGAGAAGCUUGCAGAGGACAUUGAUACUGCAGUGAAGAAACUAUCAGACAGUGCAUAUGAGAUAGCUCUAAGCCACAUAAGGAACAACCGUGAAGCCAUGGAUAAGAUCGUUGAAGUGCUUCUGGAGAAAGAAACUAUUGGAGGUGAUGAGUUCAGGGCAAUUCUCUCCGAGUUCACUGAGAUCCCGCCGGAAAACCGAGUUCCUGCCUCAACCACCACAACCUCAACUCCAACACCAGCUUCUGUCUAGGUAAUGAAUCUGUUAUACUUUGAUUUUUAUGUACAUUUGUACUGUCAAAACUUGAGCUCUAGAAAUGUGGUAAUGUCCCAAAUACUGUGUAACAAGUAAAUGUUAAAAAGUGGAAUUGGUAUAUUUCACCAAAGCUGUGUUCCAAGCUUCAACACCUUCUUUAGGAUUGAGUUGAACAAAAUGUUUGCACAUUAGUUAUCCAGAUUUGGUACUCUUAACUAUAGAUUAAAAGGUGAUUUCAAGCUUUGCACAAGCAUGUCACCAGUCUUUUAACUUAUUCACAUUCUUUCAGUAAUCAAACCCUAAAUAACAUCAAACUUGUAACAUCAUUGUUCAUCAUCACGCCACUUCCAUUUCCAUCACCAGCUCUCUCUUUCUUCACCCACACCAUUGUAGCAGUCUCUAUCGGCAUUCUAACCCGUCCAAGAGGCAAAUCACGUGCCGUGAGUUUUUUGGUUUCUUGGCCUCUUUUGAUAGAAAGCUCCUUAAAUUGUGUUUCUAUGGCCGUUACAACACUUUUCUUUCCCAUAGCCUUUUCUUCUUUCUUCUUAUAAACUCGAAUCUGAUCUUUCACACUCACGUGCAUCUCACGUGGCUUGAUUGAUCCACACUCUUCCACCUCUUGAUUUGCUCUCUUCUUCUUCUUCUUACUAUCAUAUCGUUUCCUACGUCCCCUCUUCUUCUCCGGUAAUCCCUCAACUUCACCUCCCUCGCUCCCGAUCGCAGCCGUUUCCAACUUUGCUUCUCCGCCGUCGAUAGAUUCGUCUUUCUUACUCCCCCAAUGCUUCUGAUCGCUUUGAUUCGAACGAAUCUCAUCGAGAUCCGUCAGAUCGUCUUCUUUCGUUUGUUGUUCUUCAGCGUGUUGAUUACGUCGUCUCGCUUCCUCAUCUUCCUUUCGAUUCUGAUCUUUCUCUUUGGUCCAACGCUCCCGGAGAUGAAGGAUGCUGACGUAGUUAGAUGGAACUGAAGGAGUCAUCUUCCUUUUGACGUCUGUGGUCUCCUCCGUUGAAGUAUUUUGCCUUCGCACCUUUUUCGCUCGUCAAAGCU